AUGACUUCGAUUCGGAGCCAGGAUCUCUCUACGAUCUUCUACUAUGUGCUUCCCAUUUUCAUUACUGGUUUCGCAUACGGCUGGGAGGUGGGAUCGAUGGGGGGUAUCCUAGCCAUGCCCCAAUUUCUUUCCUACAUGAACACCCCGAGCCCCUUCAGACAAGGUCUGAUGACAGUUGCGUUGAUUGCAGGAGAGUUCGUAGGCUCUCUCUUGAUCGGACUGUUUUUCUCAGACUACUUUGGACGGCGAAUCACCAUAAUGAUUACCGUUGUGCUCUAUCUAAUCGGCCAAGUUGUCGUGGUCGCUGCGCAGGACCAGGCGAUGUUUAUUGCCGGCAGGGUUCUCAAUGGCUUUGGGGCUGGUCCACUGUUUCAGACCAUGUCAUUCUACACAGCAGAAAUAGCUCCGCCUCAUAUCCGUGGACGUGUGACAGCAACUCUCAAUCUCGGUAUCGCCGUUGGGAUCCUGGUGGCAUACUGGGUUCAAUACGCAGCUCUGAAUAUUACAGGAAAUGGCGCCUGGAGGCUCUGUUUUGCCUUGCAACUUCUUCCUGGUGCCAUUGUUGGCAUAAUAAUGUUGUUCCGGCCGGAAUCCCCUCGUUGGCUAGUUCAACACGAUAAGCAAGAUCAGGCUUUGGAGGUUCUGGCCAAGCUCCAUGCAAAUGGCGACACCAACGAUGUUCUAGUUCGAUCUGAAUUAGAAGAGAUUCGCACCGUGGUCAAUCUCGAACAGUCUUCUACUGCCCCAUCCUACUUCACACUUCUCUUUGGAAAGGCCUUUCGUCGUAGAACCGCUCUCGGCAUGGGCAUACAAUGUAUGCAACAACUCUCUGGAGCUAACAUUGUACUAUACUAUGCCGCAAAAGUUUUCUCUCAGACUGGCCGGACGGGUUCCAAUGCGGCUUUGUUAGCAAAUGGGAUUAGCUCCGCUUUACUAGUUAUCGGAACCUUCUCUCUUACGCUGCUGUUAGAUUACUAUGGACGUCGAAAACCAAUCUUCCUGGGACCAGCUUUCAUGGGAGUCUGCCUACUCGUUGUUGCUUCAAUGUUAGUCCGCUACGGAUCUCCUCAUUUCGAUCAAACCACGCAAGCAGUAGAAUUCACAUUUGCGAAUGAAUCCGCCGGAAACGCCGCUGUUACAUUCAUGUUCUUAUUCCAGUUCUUUUUUGGUGCCCUCAGCAGCUCUGUGCCAUGGACAUAUAUGAGCGAAGUCUUUCCUGUCAUUGCCCGUGCACGAGGCACAUCUCUCGCGACUGCCAGUAAUUACUUUACAAAUUUCUGGUUGGGCUUAUAUAUCCCUGAAGCACUGAACUCAGCCUCCUGGAAAUUAUACUAUAUCUUUGCGGGUAUCAAUUUCUUCUGUGCUAUUAUGGGGUUUCUUUUCUUCCCGGAGACUGCCGGUCGAACUCUCGAGGAACUGGAUCUUUUGUUUGUGCAAGGACGAUCCGUGUUUGUAUUUCUCGAUAAAGACGCAUCUACAAAGAGGCCUAUGCUCCAGCAUAGUCUGGAUGAAGACCCGGAGUCUCUGGCUAUGGAAUUGCGCAAACAGCUGGCCAAAGGGUCGUUCCCGGAGAGCGUUGUUAGAGAAGGGGAUAAGGAAGAGGCUGCAGUCGUACACAAGGAAUGA